AGAUCAUAAUGUAAAAAAAUUUAUUUUUUUUUCUUUCAGAAAAGGAAGUGAUGUUUAAAGCUUUUUCCACAAAGAAGUCUGAAAUAGUUGGGUCUCAGGCACAGUGUUCACAAACGCGUCCAACUACAAUGCCACCUGCUGGAGCUCCUUACAUGCCUAUGUUCCCAUAUGGUUUAGGUCAACAAACGUUUGAUGGUCAACCUCAACUUACUCUCAUUCCUUCCCAACCUGGUUUGGGGCACCAGCAUCAACUUGUUCUAGGUAUGAGCUCACCAAUGGCAAACUUUUGCAUGCCAAUGGUUCCAACAUGUCAGCAGGAAGCAGGUGGAAGCCGUGUUAGUGUUCCUGGGCCGCGGAAUCACCAACAACCUCUUAGUCUUAUGCAGCAACAGGUUUGUUUUACUAUUCUCUGUCUCUGUUUUAUUGAACUAAUGUAUUCUCACCCGCUUGGUAGUGACGUUGGGUUGUCACAGUAUGAUGUUGAGAAGGCGAUGCAUUUGCGUGAUGUUGGCGGAAUCUUUGCCUUUACAAAUGCUUCUCCAACAGAGCAAAGGACUAUGUCGGGUGAGGAUCAGUACCCACCAUUGGAACAGCUGGAGGCCGAGUCAGAAGCAACGGUAACAAGAGAUUUUCUUCGCUUGAUAGAAUCACCAGAAGCACGAAAGGCAAAGGUUGCAGAGGCAAUGGAGAUCGAGCAGGGUAGCCCUGCCCCUGCUCAUGAACUGGCUUCAUUUUUAUCUUUGUAAGUGGAUGUGUCUUGUACGGAAGAUCUCAAUAACGCCAACAAAUACACAAACUCUAAGGCAUAGAUUGGAUUAUGAAAUAACAGGUGACUAAAAACUAUAAAACCCUGCAAUCAAUAUCAAUCCAAUUUUAUUA